CUGUUUAUCCCCCCUCCCCUCCUCCUUUUUUUUUUUAUUUUUUAUAUAAAGCAUAGCUAUAAGAGAGUGUGCGUGAGCGUGCACAUGAACUCCGACAUCAGCAGUGGCACAUUUUAGAAGCAGCAGAAACAGCAGCAGGAGGAGAAUGGUCAAACAUGUGCUCUCUAAUCUCCUGCUACUCUGGUCACUCAGCCUUGACCUCCAUAAGACCGGACAGGCACAGCACGCUCCGAAGGAGCAGUCCUGGAACAACCACAACCUCCUCUCUGUCCCUCUGGAUUUGGAUGUGAGCCUCAGAAGUCUGGACCUGUCCAAUAACUUCAUCAGACAGUUGCACACACUUGCUUUGCCGUACUUGGAGCAGCUGGACCUGAGCAGCAACCAGCUGGAUCUCAUCUCUGAGAGGGCUUUUGAAAACUUGGCUCGACUUGAACUGUUGAAUUUGUCCAGAAACGGUCUAAACAACAACCCCGGCAGUAACAGCAAAGCCCUGCAAUCCCUGAGCCGGCUGAAGAGUUUGGACCUAUCAAUGAACGGUCUAAAUGAUGCUUCGGUGGAGCUGUACCUUAAGAACAAAUCGUCUCUUGAUCGACUUAAGUUGAGCAGUAACGUCUUAACGAGACUGUCGCAUCAGCUCUUCAAAGAGAGUAAAGGUGUGAGGGCCGUUUUUCUGGAUGACAAUCUGAUAUCAGAGAUAGAAGAGGGGACGUUUGAACCACUCAGCCAGUUAGAGACGUUGAACCUGGCCAAAAACAAUCUUGUACGCAUUUGUGAUUUUAAGUUACAUCAAGUCAAAUAUUUGGAUCUCAGCAGAAAUUCAAUGGAGUUCUUUGUGACACGUGAGGACGACCACUCGUACAUGUUGGAAAUUCUCGAUCUUAGCUACAACAAACUUCUUUACUUCCCAAUCGUCCCGACCAACAACCGCCUGCGGUAUCUUCAUUUGCAGAAUAAUAUGGUCGGCGCCUUGAAAUCAGAGGCUGCAGCGGUGUCUGCAGUCAACUCUCUUUAUAAUGAGAUCCUGAGUCAGAAAACAGUGAGAAAAAAUAACCUGCACGCAAACUGGAGGCUAAUGCCGCUCAUUUACAUCGACCUGAGCUUCAACCACUUCAGGUCUUUCCCACUGGAGACACUGAGCCUCCUCACUUCUUUAGAAACUCUGAAUUUCAGUAACAACUGUCUCCAAAACAUCUUCUGGAAUGUCAGAAAUUACAGUCACACAGGACACGUCCGCCAGCUUUACUUUCAAUCCUUAAAGCGCCUCGACCUGCAAAGCAACGGACUUGCGCAUGUUUCCCCGCUCUUCCUCGAUGCACUCACACAAAUAGAAACGUUGCAUCUACAAGACAACUCGGUGCAACCCUGCGCUUUCAACUAUCGCUUGGGAGGCUCUCAAAAAGCACAGCAAAUAAAUUCCAGCGGAUCCUGCGUCACCUUUGGGCAGUUGAGGACGCUCAAACACCUCGAUCUUGGAGAAAACAACAUAAAAGAACUUGAGCCAGGCGCAUUUCAAAGAACGUCUUUGGUUUCUCUUAACCUUGCAAAAAAUGUGCACAUGGUAAUGCACGAGGGGGCACUAGAAGGUGUGGAAACAACUCUUGAAUCCUUGAUUAUCAGUGAAAUAAACAGCUCUCAUCUGCCUUUACCUUGUAUGUCAGCGUUAACCCAACUGAACAUGUCGAACAACCACCUAGACAUGAUACCAAGCGGUUUAAGUUGCUCUCCUCUGAGAGAACUUGAUGUAAGAAAUAAUGUUUUUGUGACUUUAAAUCAUUCUUUGCUUCACGCCUUAUCCUUACAUCUCGCUGUGAUGUUUAUUAGUGGGAAUCAUUUCAACUGCUGUGACAGCGGAUGGCUGACAGUCUUAAAUGAGAAGAAGAUCAAACUGCCCGACAUCAACAAUACCGAGUGCUUCACAAGUGCUAGACACUUCCUCAUGUCUGAAUAUCUAAAGGACUCCUUAGUGUAUUGUUCGGUGCACACAAAGGCACAGGAAGUGCAUUCAGGACCAAUGUUCAUAGUGGUUUUAUUUGUAACUGUAUCAUUAGCACUGCUCAUCGUGUUCAGUAGGAAGCUGUGCUGCACACAGAGAUCAUUUUUAGUGUGAUAUUCCAAAUCUAUUGUCAGUGAUCCAUAUUAUAUUGCACACUGUCCCAUAUAAAGUAUGCACACGGGUUAUAUGAAGUAGGCAAACCAUAUAUAGUCAGUGGGAAGGUGGAGAGCAAAGUACACUUCCUGAAGAAAAGCUCAGGGGAGUUUCACUUUGCAUGACCCAUUUUGUUAUUAGCAGAAGUGAGGCGUAAUGGCUGCCUUGGCUGCAAGAUUCUGCAAAAAAAAAAAAAAAAAAGACUUCCAGUUGAUAAAG